CCUACAUUUCCCACAAUGCCAUUCGCUAACUCCCCGGACGUCAAUCCGCUUGCCUUAGUACUGCUGGAGCUGGUCGACUCGGGUUCCUCCGGUCGCUUUGCACGGCAGCCCAAGAUGUCUUCGUCGGGUUCGGACGCGAAUAGUCGCAGGAGGAAGAGGCCGGCUGAAGACCCUCAAGAUACUCCACCCGAACAAGAAGAUGACCAGACAACUGUCAGAGGUUCACAAUAUCACUCAGUGGCCACACACCAACCCGCAUCUCCUGCCCAGUGCACAAGAAAAUACCCGUCAGCACAUUCUCAUCCAAGCCAUCAGCCGCACGAUGACAGCUGGGAGGAGAUUCAAAGCUUAAGAACCAUCAGAGCCGAGAACGAAGUAGAAGCCAACAAGCUGGUCAACAACUACAGAUUUGGCUUUAGAAAAUGGAAGAGCCACGUGACCGAGCGUCCCUUUGAAGAGCGAUCGGAAGUGGUGAAAGAGCUCUACUCAGAACUCAACGUCAUCAAGCCACAUACUGGUCCAGGCCAUCUCAUCACAUGUGGAAAUGUGCUGUAUGUGUUUCUAUUUGGUUGGUGGCUUUCCCUGAUGUACCUGCUGGUGGGCUUACUGAUGUUCCUCACCGUCAUCGCUGCACCCUAUGGACAGCUCUGCUGGAAGCUGUCCUGUUACUUCUUGUGGCCAUUUGGAAAGUUAGUUCACCAGAUUGGCCAUCCAGGCAGACGUGAGCAAAUGUCUGAUUGCGAGUGCACCGUGGACUGGAUAGAGGACGACUCACCUGUGCUGCUGCCGUCACCUGCCGAGAGUCCCGUGCCAGAGGAAGGAACCGAGCGACCAGCGCAUUCUGGCUACUGGUGUCGUUUCUCCACGUAUGUGUGGUUGUUACUGGGAUAUCCUCCGCUGGUGAUUCUCCACUCUCUGAUUUGCCUCCUCUCCUGGAUCUUGGUCUUCACCAUUCCUGUUGCCAAGAUGAACGCACGCGCUUUUGUCGUCAUCCUUCUCUUGCCUCCGGAGGAUGUGUGUGUGUCAGCCAGUUUGCAGAGCAAGCGUGAAGGUUUCAAAAGCCGGACGCUGCUGUGUUGCUACCAUGCAGCAAACUGGUACUACUACAAGUAUACUGUUGAUGGCAUCAAUGUUUUUGCUGUCAACCUCCUCCCUCUUGUCAUAAUUGCUUUGAUAAUCGGCUACGUAGACAGAGAAAACCAGUACACCAGCUCUGACGUCAAGUUUGCCAUAGCAAUCGUCUCCAUCAUACCAUUGUCGUACUACAUCGGCAUGGGCAUCGCCAGCAUCUCGGCCCAGAGUAACUUCGCCGUGGGCGCCGUCGUCAACGCGACCUUCGGCUCCAUCACCGAGUUGACUUUUUACAUUACGGCUUUGCUGAGAGGUCACCGGGCAGCCAACCCGUGCCUGCAGGAGGUCGUGAAGGCCGCGCUGACCGGCACGCUUCUCGGUUGCAUCCUCUUCAUCCCUGGUAUCUGUAUGAUUAUCGGCGGGUUGAGACAUCGCGAGCAAAGAUUUAACAGCCGCUGCACAGGAGUCAGCUCUGCACUGCUCUUCAUUUCCGUUGGAGGCGUCUUCGCCCCGACAUUGUUCUCCAAGGCUUAUGGGAACUUUGUGUGCGACUCGUGCACCAAUUCCACGUCAAGCAACACCACGAGCAACAUCAGCGGCCCGUUCAUCUGCCGCAACUGUCACUACGAUGUGAACAACGGGACACUGUUUCAUCACCAUGUUCAGCCCCUGGUGUACACUGUGUCGGCCCUCUUGCCCGUGGCUUACAUCAUCGGAUUAAUAUUCACGCUCAAGACACACUCCCACAUCUACGAGAUCCACGUUGGAGACAGACAGGAAAGCAGUCACCAGCAGCAUGGUGGUCCGGUAGUUCACUGGUCCCGAUGGAGGUCUCUACUCAUCCUCAUCUUGGCCACCGUGUUCACGUCGGCCUGCGCCGACCUGGCCACGGAACAUAUCCAGCCCAUCCUUAAUCAGCCUACAAUCUCCCAGUAUUUCAUCGGGGUAACAAUUCUCGCCAUGGUUCCCGAGAUCCCUGAGAUCGUCAACGGUAUCCAGUUUGCACUUCAAAAUAACAUAAGUCUCAGUUUAGAGGUAGGAAGUUGUAUCGCUGUGCAGGUCUGCAUGCUUCAGAUUCCGAUCCUCGUCUUGUUCAAUACCUUUUACGAUGUGGGCUUUGUGCUCUUGUUCAGCGACUUGCACCUUUGGACCAGUAUCUUCAGCGUGAUUCUGGUUAACUACAUCUUCAUGGAUGGCAAGUCGGAUUAUUUUCAAGGUACAGCUCUGGUAAUUGUCUAUCUGAUCCUAUUGGCUCUCUAUUACUUUGCUCCAUCACCAGCAGGCUGCUGACUUGGAGGACCUAUUCUCGGCACUACUCACAAAAAUUGGGCGGGAGGAAGCUAAAAUACAUUUAAUGUACAGAUUAACUUAACUUUUUAUUAAAUUGUGAUGUUUUAGUGAACUUUAGGUUCAUCCUGAAAUUUUACACCAAAGUCUAACAGCCCAACCUUUUUGUGAGUAGUGUGUAUAAUGAAUGGACAACAAAAGGAAGUGCUUCAACGUUAGCAUUGAUGCUAACAUUAUAACUCGUGUGGAGUGUUUGCACAAGUAAAUUAUAAACCCCAAAGAGUUUAAUAGUCACCAAUACCACUCCAUGUUUUAAAACUUGAUCUUGAUAGAACUUUCCCCAAAUAUUUCAUAUUGAUGUUUAGAAUUAAGCAUAUUCAUGAAUAUUAGGAAGAUUCUAUCCCUUCUUGUGACUGUUACGCCAGGUGCAUCUAAAUAAAUGAAAAUUUAUUUCAGUAGUUCAACUCAAAAUUUAAAACAUUUACGAAUCAUUGAAAAACGUGAGUUGACCAUGACACUUUAAUUUAUUAAGAUGUACCUGUAAAAGAGCCAAAUGUUCUAUUUUGUAUUUUUGUUUUAGAGAUAAAUAAUAGAACAAUGUGCACUUUUUUUUUUUUUUUUUUUUUUAUCUGUGUGUCAAAAUAGUAUGUGAUAUUUUAAUACGAAAAAAUGACAGUGUGUAAUUGUGGCAAUAUACUCCUCCAUACAAAUAUUUGGAAAAAAACAGUCUGCCUGACUUUUAUUGCACAACAAGAAUUAGACAAAUUUACAGAAUCAAAUAUGGCAUGCCAACAUGCAGGAGAGAUCACAAGCGUCACAAAUAGAAACAUCUCCAACACAAGCAAGGCCUACUUUGAACACUGCAGCAGACUGACUUAACAAAUGGAGAAAAGUGACAAUGCGGAAAAAUUAAAUUUCCAUUACAGUGCUGAAUGUGUCCCGAGGUUAAAACUGUGCUUUUCAAAACUGUACCUUUUUUACAGUUGAAAAAAAAUAAAAAAUCAUGAAUAAGAAAAUAAUGUUCUUUAUGACACUUUUUCGGGCAACAUUUAGUUAUAAAAACAAGCAAACACAACAACAGAGGAGUAAACAGCAGCACGUUGAUUUAAAACAACUUAGUGGCUUAGUGUAACCUGCACGCAACCAGCACCUUCAAUGAUAAAGAGGAAUCUGAGCAUUCAAAAGGCACCAGAUGGAGAAAAAACAAGACUGCAAGUGUAAAAUU